AUGGAUUCAAAAAAAGAACGCGUUGUUGCGUAUCUCGACUCCCACCCGAAAUUCCUCGAGGAUUAUGUCACUGGACCAAGUGUCACCAAUGAAAUGUUCCAUAGGUGGUGGUUUAAGCGCAUGAGAAAGGGAAGCAUUAAAGAGGUUGACGAAGCUUGGAUGGCUGAUGACCUGUGGAGACAACAAAAUUUACUCAUUUCCAAUGGAAAUAAUUUGGUUCUUAUUUUAUACGAACUUGGCCAUGCUUGCGCCCAGCUUAUUCGCACCGAAACUUUUGACGUGCUAGUUUAUAACGAAGACAACUCUUUUCUCAUCAAACGAACUGCAAGCGACGUUCAGCUGCGGAAGCUUGCCAAGCACAAGCGUACACCUGUUUAUAUAAAAAGGAUUCAAGACUAUUCAGGGGUCAUUUUAGGUGAAAUACAUUUCUACCGUUUCGUCAGUGACGGCGACCGAACAUCUAUAAACAUACUCUGCACUUGGGGGACAGCUCUUAUUCAUUAUGCACAGGAUAUCGUUAGCAUGGAUACGGUUAUCACGAAAGUAAUGAAUUUUGCUCAAAAACUAACAAACGCUGAUCGGUCUUCACUGUUUCUUGUUGAUCACAAGACAAAUGAAUUGUACGCCAGGAUAUUUGAUGUUGGUACACAUCACGAUGACGGUGUUGAAAUUAAUGAAAAUUCAAAUAAAGAAAUUAGAUUUCCAGCUAAUAAAGGCAUUGGUGGAUAUGUUGCUACAACGGGACAAGUACUGAACAUUGAGAAUGCUUAUGAAGAUCCGCGAUUCAACAAAGAGGUUGAUCAGAAAACGGGUUAUCGAACAAGAAACAUACUUUGCAUGCCAAUUUUCAUUCGUAAAUCUGUAAUCGGUGUAGUACAAAUGAUCAACAAAGCAAACGGGUCAUUCACAAAACAAGAUCAGAAUUCAUUCGAAACUUUUGCUGUCUAUUGUGGUUUAGCACUGCAUAACGCUAAACUUUAUGAGCGCAUUAAACGUUCCGAGCAGAAAUAUCGAGUAGCUUUGGAAGUUUUGGCUUAUCACAGUGCUUGUAAUAAGGAUGAGGUGAAGAAGUUGAAAAGUGUUCAAGUUGAAGGUGAAAUUGCAGAAUUAGACAGGCAAAUUACCAAUUUUAUACUUCAUAUUUAUUCCAGCUUUGCAUUCAACAUGCUUCAAUUAACAGAGCUUGAGAAGCCACUUUAUGCUGCAUAUAUGUUUCAAACGUUGUUCAGAGGAAAAAUUAAUUACGAAGAAGACGAUUUGAUACGAUUCGUGCUUACAGUACGCAAGAAUUAUCGUCAAGUUGUUUACCAUAAUUGGACUCACGGAUGGUCAGUAGCUCAGGCAAUGUUUGCCUUACUUCGAGCCACAAGUAUUUUCACUCUUGAAGAAUCUCUAGCACUGUACGUGGCUGCUCUAUGUCAUGAUCUUGAUCAUCGAGGAAAAAAUAAUGCAUAUAUGAAAUCAAUGAGCACACCUUUGGCAGCAAUCUAUUCUACUUCUGUUAUGGAACAUCACCAUUUUAAUCAAACUGUAAUCAUAUUACAACAGAAUGGACACAAUAUUUUCAAGUCAUUUUCUUCGGAUGAGUACAAAAAAAUUUUGGGUACUAUUAAGCAUCUUAUAUUAGCCACUGAUUUAGCUGUAUUUCUCAGUAAUAAAUUGAAAAUGGAAGAAAUUAUUUCAUAUGGCACAUUUAAUUGGGAUGAUAAUGACCAUCGGCUGUUAAUAGAAGCAAUACUAAUGACUGGUUGUGAUCUGAUCGCAGCUGCGAAACCCUGGCCUGUGCAAACAGAAACUGUGAAAAUUAUAUUUGAAGAGUUUUACGAACAGGGAGAUGCUGAACGUAGAAACGGACAGAAACCAAUCGCGAUGAUGGAUCGCAGGAAAGCGAACGAAAUGCCUCAGAUGCAAGUUUCGUUCAUGCAAGAUAUUUGUACUCCUUGCUAUGAACUGAUUGCUUCAAUCAUUCCCGAAUGUCAGCCAUUGCUUGACCGUUGUUUAAGUAACACGAAAAAAUGGCAAGAAUUAGCAGCAGAGCAGAAAGAAACUACAGAAUUUCCCGAAGAAGAGGAUUGA